AUGCCUCUUGAUUUUAGUGAAGAGGAAUCCGGCGGGGAAUCGAUACCUUUCAAGCCUGACCCAAAGGAGGAGGCGUCAAACCAGAGUGAAGCUGAAAGCGACGAUGAUGCCGAAGGCGUAUUCUUGGACAUGAAUUCGGCAAAAACCGAUGGUGCGCAAGAGGCUUUGGAUGAAUAUUUCAAGAUUAUAGGAGGGCGUCCUGAGAAACAGACAAAGAAGCGGAAAUCGGUGGGAGCGGCAUCAACGCCAGAGACGAUGACAUCUAAGAAAGCGAAAACCCUUGGUCACUCUUCAAACGGAACGCCGAAUGGUGAGGAGAUCUCAGAUUGGACUCCGAAAUCAAAUAACUGGGACAGGGACGUGCGCGCCGUUGAAACCAUUGUUCGCGAGGGUGAUAAUCUAUAUGCCCUACUUUACUGGAACAAUGAUAAGAAGAUAAAGGUGUCGCUCCGACAAUGUUACGAGAAAUGCCCGCGAAAAAUGUUGAAAUUUUACGAGAAUCAUCUGGUUUUCAAAGACGAGUAG